AACGAAUUUUUGUGUGUUUUUAAAUUUUCUUAUAAAUAUUGUUCUUUUCGUGAAAAUGAUCUUUUCGCCAUUAUGUUACAAAAUUGUGCACAGUCAAAAUAACAAUUCGCUUCCGUUACGGCGACCACCAACCUACAAGAUGGCAGAAAAGUUGGUGUUACAAGGUCAUUUUGAUGCCAAGUUUAGGAGGUAUGGAGCGAUUGGCCUUGUGGGAUCUGCUAUAAGCGGUGUUGUUACUUACUAUUUUAUGAAGGAGAGGGAAAAGAAGAUGACAGCCUUCCUGCAGAAUUUGACGACAGAAUCUAAAGUGAAUGUCAAUGAAAGGAUUAAGAAGUUGGCAUUUCCAGCAGGAAAAGGAAUUGGUAGUGCUAUUCCAUUAGAUAAUUCAGAUGGUAGCUAUGACGAGUUUUUGGCUGGAGCAAACAUUUCGACCGAUUUGUUUUUUUUGGAGAACAGUGUUAUGCAGACUAUAGAUCCAGAUGUAACGGAUCCAAUGAUCAAUAUGUUUCUGGGUGGCAUGAGGGAUAGUUUUAAUGGAUCAAGAGCAGAAAGAAUAGCCCGUCGUAAACAAUUAAAUGCUGCUAGAGAAAAGUUGGCACAAAACAUGAAAGAGGGCAAAUACGCACCAGACUCGGUAGAAAAUAAACUGUUGGUUGAGUUGCGCAGACAAAAGAAAGAUGGAGUUCAAGAUGAAAAUAACCCCCUUCCUCUUGGAAACAAUUACCUGCCUCGUGUAAAUUUAGGUGAGGAUGAAUAGAAUGGACCAUAAUAUUAAAAAAAUAGACAAAAUCUUUUGUGGAACUUAAAAUGAAUUGUUAUGUGAAUUUUGUAUUUCAACUAUAACUAUUUUACAUGGAGAAUAAUUGAUUCGUGGAUUAAAAAAGUUAAAAAGUCAGGAUUCAGUCAAGUUUGGUGUUUGCUUGAUAAUUUAUAUUUGAAAAAAAAUAUUGAUUGAAUAAAGUUAAAAUGUA